CGAUGACGUCACGCCCCGCGCCGCUAGCUCCACAUCAAAAUGGCCGCAUUUUAGUCUACCGAGUACUUUUCUUUACUGUUUGCCAAUAGCCGUGCUAAGGGCCUGGCGGUGUUCGUUUGCGUCGGAGCGUGUCUGUUUCGCCGGAAAUUUCACUGUGUCGCGCGACACGCCCUAAAUUUCCGCGAAAUAGAGCGAACGUGACCGGGUGUUUGUCUGCGUAGAUUCUCAUAAGAUGUUACGCCAACAUCACGCGAUGCAAAAUCAGCUUCGAGAUCAUAGAAUGGCAGGACCAAUGCGGCCUAUGCAGCAGGCUAACAUGCCUCAGCUACAUCAGCCGCAGCAUUUAGUACCACAUCGGAAUCCGCAUCAACAAAUACUGUCCAUGCCCCCCCAUCAACAGCAUAUGCAUCACAUGCAGCAUCCUGGCCCGCCGCAUGGAAAUCCAAGACAGCCAAUGUUGAUGGGCAUGAAUACGCACAGUACAAACAAUACCAUGGUUAGCGUUAGCAUGAAGGACCAAGCAAGUACAGUGUCUGUGACUCUUCAAAACGUACAACAGCCUCAGUAUCCACAUCAGCAGCAGCCGCAGCAGCAACAGCCGAAUAAUCAGCAGAAUCAAUCUCCCCAGCAGCAACAGCCGUCGCAGCAGCAGGUGCAACAAUCACAGUCGCAGCAGCACGUGCCACAACAAUCGAAUGUGGAGCAGUCGAAGGUGAUAACGAACGAUGCCAAUGGAGAGUCCAGAGACGACAGUGUGUCUGGUCAGAAUCAUGCCAACGCGACUAAUUCAGCUUUGGCAAACAUGAAAGAAAAAACACCCAUGUGCUUGUUAAACGAGUUGGCGAGAUUCAAUAGGAUUCAACAUCAAUACAGACUGACCAACGAGCAGGGACCGGCGCACAAAAAGAGAUUCACGGUGACACUGAAACUAGGUGAGGAGGAAUAUGUUGCCGAAGGUCCCAGUAUAAAGAAGGCUCAGCACAGCGCGGCGACCGAAGCAUUGACGAAAACCUGGUAUCGUCAACCUCCACCUAAGCCCACCAAAGCCAUGAGAAUCGGCCACCUGGGCAAAUGUCCAACAGGUUCUGGACAUUUGCCGCCUACCGUCGAAUUGAACGCGUUAGCAAUGAAACGAGGCGAGCCCACUGUUUACACGUUCCGACAAGCUCCUCCAGCCGCGUUACAGCAUCAAUUUAUGCCGCACGGAUUCAAUGCUAACUUCCCACGAAUGUACAAUCCGCGUCUACCGUACAAUCGUGGAGUUCACACGGAUCUUCAGGGGUUGUAUCUCGUCACGCUGAAGGUUGGCGAACGCGAGUUCACGGGUAGAGGUUUAACGGGCCAGGCGGCACGUCACGACGCUGCUAGCAGAGCCUUGGAGCAGUUACGGCAGUUGCCGCUGCCGGAGGAGAUCGCGAACACCAGCAACACCUCCGAGAACGGCUCGCUGGGUGGCAUCGACGAUCCGAACGCCGAGUUAAAGAGCCCCGUGUCUCUUGUCCACGAGACCGCUCUGAAACGCGGACUGCCAGUCAGUUUUGAAGUUGUAUCCGAAAGCGGUAAACCUCACAUAAGAACUUUUAUGACAAAAUGCACCGUCGGCGACAAGGUCACUGUGGGAGAGGGAUCCUCGAAAAAGGUAUCGAAGAAACGCGCCGCCGAGUUGAUGCUAGACGAGCUGAAGCGUCUUCCUCCGUUACCGGCUACCAUACAGAACCGCACGAUGCGAGUGAAACGUAAGCCGCCAGCGACGAAGAAGAAAUCACGUAACCUAAUCAAAGUUUAUCAGGAGCCCCGUGCGGAGAACGAGGCCGCGGAGGAGGUCAACCCGGUCUCCCGGCUGGUGCAGAUUCAACAGGCGAAACGGGAGAGGGAGCCGGUUUACAAUCUGAUCGACGAGAAGGGCGCCCCGAGGCGCAGAGAGUUUGUCAUGGAGGUGACAAUGGGUCAGCACUCCGCUCAAGGGAUCGGACCUAACAAGAAAUUGGCUAAGAGAGCCGCGGCUGAGGCUCUCUUAGCGCAAUUGGGAUACAGCAAGCCGUCGCCGCAGCCCGCGAAACCGUCCAUAAAGACGGGAGAGAGCGAGAACACGGAGUCGAAGCCUAGAAAAGUUACAUUUCUCGAGGACGAACAAAUGAACGACACUCAACCUCAUUCGGUAGGAGGUACCAUAGGCCGUCAAUUAGUACCUGGUCUUUUACUGGUAGACGGAGGUCAAGAAUCUAAACUGGGGAAUGGACCCAGCGUACAAAUAGUCGCUGAAGAGUUGCGCGAGCAACAACAGCAGAAUACGGCUGGUGUCUCGCCCAAGGAUCAAUUGCAUUAUUUAUCUCAGUUAUUUAAUUUCAGCGUAGAAUUUAGUGAUUUUCCCAAGGGAGUGUCUAUAAACAAGGAAUAUCUAUCACUUGUGUCGCUAAGCACUGAUCCACCGCAAGUUUGUCACGGUAACGGGGCGACAAUAACCGCGAGCCGCAAUCAAGCGGCCCUGAGGGCGCUUCGUACACUUAGUAAAUUGGGACUCGAUAAUGCCUCGAACGCAGCACAAGUGAAGAAGGACAAAGGUGCGUCUGGUGAUGGAAUACACAUUAGCAUUCAAGUUAAAAAUAACAUUAUGGAUGGAGCUAUCGAUAAGUAACUGAGUAGCGCUUAAGACAUAUAUAAUGUUGAGUUAUAUUUAUGCUUCUUUAGGACACCGCAAAAGAAAGUUAAGUGAAUUCCAAUUGUUAUACAAUUCUUUACGAAAUUGAUAAUGUUAGUUAUUGAUUAUUCAUUACCGAUUUGGAGAUGUUGCUAUUUUCCUCGACAGAGACUUUUUUUUCUUCAAUUGCGCAACAAGAAAGUCUCAGCCGCGGUUUUGUUAGUCAAUUUUUUUACUAAAUCCGAUUCCUUUCCUUUCGCGGAAUCUGAUCUAUUAAAAAAAUUCUGUCUCAUUGAAUUUUUUUCUAUAUAGUAAUAUACAUAUAUUCGUAUAUAGAAAAAAAGCUGCUAUGCAAUAAUCUGGCUAUAUUUAUAAUUUGUAAAAAUAUAUUUAUAUCUACCUCAGAAAAAUUUUGUCAAAGAUUAAAAAAAAAAAGCAGUUGUGCAUGAUCUGUAGAUAUUUUCAUUUUACACGCUUGUUAUGUUAUUGGAUUGCUUAUUAUUUACAUUGCAUACUAUAAUGAUAAAAUCGUAAUAACGAUAAAAAUCGAAUGGAUAUAAAUUUGAAUCAAUUUAUACAAAAUUAUUUAAAUUAGUUAUUAGUAUGUAUGAAAUCUUCCUGAUCUUUUGCAGUGUCCUAAUUACAUUGAAAUGCUGUUCAAGCACCAAUAAGCGACCUUUAGUAAUUGUGUAAGAAUUUUUCUUUCGUUUAAUGACUAGGAAACGUCCGAUCAGUCACAGUAGACAAUGACCAGUUUCUGUGACUGUCGGCAAUCUAUUGUUAUAAAUUACAUACAAUAGCGUAUCAUUGAACGAUUCGAUAUAAUACAGCUCUUGCAAAAUUAAUAAUGCUACGCAAAUUAUUAUUAUUGGUGCUUGAUCGUGAUUGCGAUCCUAGCAGUGACAAAUAUAAACUGCUGUAUUUAUUGUAACAUUUUCAUUGACAGGAUCACAAUAGCAAUAUACUUAUCUACAAUGAUACAAAAUGGUCAUUCUCCAGUUAGGAUCAGUCUAUAAUAUGUAAUGAAACACUAUAGGGAAAAUGUUAAGUGAAGUUCACAAUCACGACCUGGAGAUGAAAUGCGACCAUCUCUUAAUUUCUCAAUUGAAUUCCUUAGCUUCCACACAGUAUCAUGAAUAAAAUGCUAUGUCUUAUUACCUGAUUAAUAUUUAUGAAAAUGUUUUUCUUUUUUUUUUCUUCUUUUUUUUCGUAAUUCUCGACUGUUCGGAAUUGAUCGCUUUAUAUUUUUCGUGUGUACAUUUUUUCGUAACGCGCGCGUUUGAAAGGGAAAAAAAGUAGCAAUUUCAAAAACUUAUUUCCACUGAGAGUCGCAUAUGAAAAUUAUACAUAAAAAAAAAAUCACGUAUUUUUCCAGAGUAAACUCUGGCUACACGCGCCUAGAGAUGCGUGUUGAUUAAAAAACCGAUUGUGUGAAAGAUUAAGUAGCUAACGUUUAAAUUGAUAAAAAAAAACAUAGGUAAUGCGAUAUACACUGUCCCUAUGCCCCAAUUUGCUUUUCUACGCGGGGCCAGAAGCAAUCUGGGGUUAUAUAUUCAUGUAAUAACGUAAAAUAUUGAGAAGUGAAGGGAAACACAGAAAUUUCCAUACAUCUGUCAUUCGCGGUAAUGAAGAUAGGUAAUGAUACGCUGUAUGGGAAAUUUCGGCGAAAUAUAAAACGGAGGCAAGAGACGAAGGUAGAGUAGUAAAGAAAAAAAUUUGUCCCGUUGCGUCAAGAUCAUUACAAAAUUGUUUUAAAAUCUCGAUUGAGAAGCCGGCGAAAACGGCGAAUUUUGUCUGGUUGAGAAGCGAGGGGGAGGGUGGGGAAUACAGAAAUUUCCGUACAUCUGUCAUUUCGCAGGUGGACAGUAAAUGAUACGUUGCGACGGAAAUUUCGAUGCGUCAAAAAAAGAGAGAGAGAGAGAGAGAGAAAAGAAGAGAAGGCAAUAAUUCAAAAUUUGUCCCGUUGCGUCCGGACUAUUGCGAAAUUGUCAGUUAAUUUUGCUUGAGAAAUAAUCCUGAAACAACGGUGAAUUUUGUGUUACUGUCGAGAGUAAACGAGAGUUUAAAAGGAGUACUAGAGCGAGGAAGAGACUUAAUAAUGAAUGAAGAUUGAGAAACGGUACAAACUCUCUGAAUAUAUUCGCAUAACUUUUACUUCCUGAACUUGAGCUCUACCGCGCGCCUCCGCGCAAAAACCAUACGAACGUUGCCUUUUAAUUGACACGAUGUAACGACACCCAGAGACUUUGUACCGGCGAUUCUCAACCGAGCGACCCGCUGUCUUCUAUUCAUUGUUCUCGUAUUACAUAUGCGAUUUAACUGAACAACAAAUACGAGGCAGUUUACGCGAGUAGCGCUGACUGUCCAGAACGGUUGGGCGUGAAACUGUAUUAUUGUUCACUAAAGUCGCCUACAUUUUACUCCUAAAUGCCCGAUACUCGGUACAUUGAAAAAAAUUUGUAAGAAACGUUCGCGGAGAUGAUGGAUGAUCUGUCGAAAAUUAAAUUGAGGUUUGUUCGAGACAUUCGCUGGAAAAAAAAAAUUAUUUAUUGACUCUUCGAGACUCUGGUUGAGUUUUGUUUUGCCUGAUACCGAUCGCUUUCAAUAAGUGGGCCUUUCUUGUUCAUGUGUCGUUCAGUAUUACACGAGACACGGUGGUAGAUUCCAUUAUAUACAUUUAUAGUUUUUUUUUUGAGAGAGAGAGAGCCGAGCAGGACGAAGAUGCGAAUUGAACGAAUUUACGUCGCGCACGUCGCAGGAGAGAGAGAAGAAAGGAUUUCGUGCUAAGAACCUCUGUAAUACCGUAUAGUUAAUAUUAACGAAUAGAUAAGCGAAUAUAACGUAUCAAUUUACCGAGAUACCGGAAACGAAAUGUGUCCUUCGACAUUUUGAGGGGGGAGUGAGAGAGAGAGCUCGCAAAAGGCUUACGCAAAAGAAGUCGUCGACGCGUUGUCGGGCUUAGACUCGCAAGGUGUUGAGGAAACAGGCUAACAUGUCAGCGACACUGUCAGGAAGAAGGAGAGAAUUGCGUAAUACUAGUUUCACAUGCGUUAAUCCAUUAAUUCGUUCCGUCUCAUUUCGUUUCAGUGCCGUAAUCGCGCGUAUACGAGCGCCAUACGAAACGUUUGCUUACUUUCGGUUAGUAUUAGGAGAUUCGAGUAAAACCCGCUGCCGUUUUUCCACGUUACAACGUUGCUGUUCUGUAAAGCUUCUGUAAAAUACAUUCAAUACUUCUCGCAGUUUUUUUUUCCAGUUAGUUGGCGGGAACGCGUGCGCCGAGAGAAAAGUAUACGAAAUACCGUAGUCCGAUAUUAUUACGUUAGAUUUACAUUUUUAAGCGAAGCAAUUUGUUCGUUAUGCAUGUAACGCGUGUGUACGCGCUGUAUUAAAAAAAAGAAAAACACCGUAAUGCGCAAUGCGAGUCCUCGGCAGCCUCCAUCUGAGAGGAAUGAUCGAGUAAAACCGGCCCCUACAAGUCGAUCGAGGGGGAUCAUUUCGAUUGUACCGAUUGAAGCUUUAAUUGCAUUUUCGAAAGUGAAUUGUACGACGUAUAGGAAUCUACUGCUUUCCUCUAUCCGCAUCAGUUUGUAUUCGACGUUGAUGAGAGAGCGAGAUCGUAGAAAGGUUUCACGUACAUGUAUAUGGCCUUUUUACUGUGCGUUUCAAAUAUACGCAUGACAAGGUGGCACACGAAA